CGCCCUCGGCCCCGGCCGGGCCCGGGCCCAGGCGCCCUGCACCUGCCCUCUUCCCCCUGACAGCGGCCCUGAGGCCCAGGGGCUGCGGAGAUGGAGGCCAGAGGAGGCGGUUGCAGCGGCUCCGCCCCGGAAGCCCCCAGCGAGCCAGCGAGGUCUUUCGAGUUUGCCAGUGACGAGGAGCCUUUGGGAGGCCCCGGCAGCCAGGAGUCUUGUGGACCUUCCAGGGCUGAUGAGGAGGUUCAGGGGGCCCUCGCUGGGCCCGAGCAAGAUGUCCCCGCCCACCUAGGUGUGCAUGAGCUUUCAGGCCAGACCUCCUUGGACAGGAAGGAUAACAAAGGAACCAGGGACUCAGGAAAGCCAGGUAAAAUGCCUGGCAGUGGUGACACCAGCCAAAGAGGGGAAUUGUCGACUCCUGGACCUCGAGAUGAGGAGGAUGUGACAGCCGAGGGCUGGCGCAGCAGGCGAAAGCAUGUGUUCGUGCUGAGUGAGGCUGGAAAGCCCAUCUAUUCCCGAUAUGGCAAUGAGGAGGCCCUGUCUGCCACCAUGGGUGUGAUGAUGGCCCUGGUAUCAUUCAUUCAAAGUGGGGACAAUGCCAUCCGUUCUAUCUACUCAGAUGAUCGAACAUUGGUCUUCUUGCAGCAGGGCCCACUAGUGCUGGUUGCAGUGUCCAGGACCCCACAAUCAGCAGCACAGCUUCGGCGUGAGCUUCUAGGAGUGCAUGCCCAGAUUGUGAGUGUGCUAACCCGGGCUGGUGUGGCCCGAGUAUUUGAGCGCCAGAGGAGCUAUGACUUGCGAAGGCUACUGGCUGGCUCGGAGCGAAUCCUUGACAGCCUGCUGGACGGGGCUGAGCGGGAACCAGGCUUCCUGCUGGGUGCUGUUCGAUGCCUGCCCCUGCCUGCCCCAUUCCGGGACAGCCUAGGUACCCUCCUGCAGCGGGCCACAGCACCCAGCCUGGCCUUCUCCAUCUUGGCUGCCGGCCGCCACCUGGUCACCGCGGCACAAGAGAGGGCUGUCCUGGAAGACUGCCGCCUCGACCCAGCUGAUCUCCACCUGCUCUUGAACUUGGUGGGAGCAUCUUCUGCUUUCCGGGCUGGGGAGGUCUGGGCUCCCGUCUGCCUGCCCCGCUUCAACCCCGAUGGCUUUUUUUAUGCUUAUGUCAGCUACCUGGGUGACAACACUGACUAUGCUAUCUGCCUUGUGCUCCUCUCGACUGACCGAGAGGCCUUCCAUGCUCUGGCUGGCUGUAAGCGGAUAGUUGAAGAGGGCCUGCAGGCCCUGGGGGCCUCCCGGGUUCUGGCUGGUGGAGGAGUAGGAUUGCCCUCCUAUGGGGUCAGUGCAGUUGGUGCCCCCGACCUACGGCACUUCCUCUACAAGCCUUUUGACAUCCCUGACAACUAUCGACAGCUGCCACAGUUCACCAGCCCAGAGAUGGAGGGCCCAUAUGCCAGUGAGUGUGAACGCCAGAGGCUCUUCGACCUCUACUACCACCUGCACGGGCGGCUGCAUUCCCCAUCAAGGCCGCUUCGGCUCAUUUACCACGUGGCUGAGAAGGAGACCCUGCUUGCUUGGGUGACACCCAAAUUCGAGCUCUACGCCUGCUUUAACCCACUGGUGACCAAGUCAGGCGCUAUCCACGCUGUGACUAAGCUCCUUCGUUGGGUGAAGAAGGAGGAGGACCGCCUCUUCAUCCGCUAUCCUCCAAAGUACUCAACUGCCCCUGGCCCAGCCCGCCACGGGCCCAACAGGACCGACUCUGCCCUGGACAAUGGCCUUUGAGACUCUGCUGAAUGUCCGUGCCCCUAUUUGCACCUUAGUCUGCUGGCCCAGGGAAUGAGAAAGUGUGAUCCCUUCCCUGGCUUGUUUUGUGGGGUGGCUACCAGGCACAUGAGAAGGGCCCCAUUCCCUGCCCAGGGUGUAGAGGAGGGAGGCUUCUCCCUUACUGUCGCUACCUGAAGGCCAAGUGGCCAGGUAUCCUCAGGAAGCUGUGAGGGCUUGUCUGUUUAUGUCCGUAAGAGGCAGUGGGGGGAGGGGGGUGUUUUUGUCCAUGUGUCAGCGACUUUAAGUGUGUGUUGGGGAGGUGGGGGAGGAUCAAGCUUUUUAUGGGUUGCUAUGAGGCUGUGGCUCUGGGAGUAGCCAGGAAAGUCCUUUGGUUGGCUAUGCCGGGCUGUCUCUGGGUAGGCCCGUCUCUCAGCACGCUGUUCUAUUUGACUGGAUUUGUCUUCAGUUUGUGUGUGAGUCACUGAGAGGCAUCAUCUGCCUCUUUCCCCUUGGGCUCAGCCAGGAAUGGCUUCCAUGUUCUGAAUAGUUCCUCUUGGCCUUGGGGUCCACCAUUGGACCCUCCCCACCCCCAACCCCCCUCUGCCUAGCCUUUGACAAGGGGUAUUCUCUUGGCCACCUUCAGGCACUGACUUUAACAUGUGUGGAAAUAAUAAACGUUUUAAAAAGAA